CCUCGUUACUGCUCAGUGACUUCAUCAUCUGUGACCAGUCAUUGAAUAUUCAUUGAAAAGCAACGGGAGUUCUCGGGUUUACGACAGAGUGCGUCCGUGCGCGUGGUGGGAACGGUAGCAAGAUGGCGGCGCUGAAGGAGGAGCAGUGCUACGGACUGUCCUGUGGAAGAGUGAGCAACGGCAGCAAUGUCUCCGUCUUUCACGUCAAACUCACUGACAGCGCGCUGCGAGCGUUUGAAGGCUACCAAAGCGGCAAGGUCCUGUCAUCGCGACCAUUGAUCAGAUUUAAUGGAAACCAAGGGAAAAUUUCAAUACCACGGUCAGAAAAUUCCAGUGAACUGCAGUCGUUUACUUUCUACCUGUCGAAUGUGGGCCGAGAUAACCCCCAGGGCAGCUUCGACUGCAUCCAGCAGUACAUCACCAGUGAAGGGAGCAUUCAGCUGGAUUGUUUGGGUGGGAUCCAGGACAAGAUUACAGUGUGUGCCACGGACGACUCCUACCAGAAGGCCAGGGAAAACAUGGCCCAGGUCGAGGAGGAGACUCGCAGUCGGAGUGCCAUCGUCAUCAAGCCCGGGGGGAGAUACGUAGGUAAGAAGGUUCAGAUCCGGAAACCGGCUCCUGGCCUCUCCGACGUCGCCCCGUUGCGAAGGACGUCUCGGCCCGUCAUCAUCUCUAGCAGUACGAUAAAGAAGGGCACGCCUCAGCACAGGCCGCUCCGAGAGCGCCUCACACACCUGCUGGCCCUCAAGCCUUACAAGAAGCCGGAGCUCAUCCUGAGGUUGCAGAAGGAUGGCCUCUUGCCGUUAGACAAGGACUCCCUGGAUAGCUACCUGCAACAGGUGGCAAACCUGAAUGGGAAAGACAACACCUUCACAUUGAAGGACAUUUUGUAUAAGGAGAUUCAGAAGGACUGGCCGGGCUACACAGAAGGAGACCAGCAGCUUCUCAAGAGAAUCCUGUUUAAAAAACAGAGCCAGGCGACCCUGAACAGCUCCGCCCCUCCACUGGAGAGCCCGCCCAAAGAGCCGGCCAGCAGCUCGCCAUCUCAGAAACGACCUGCCGCUGACUUCAUCGACCCUCUCGCCAACAAAAAGCCCAGGAUAUCGCAUCUCGCCAGCAAGGCUGCAACAGCCCCGGUUAAUGGCAAGCUCGGCUCCUCCAAUGGGAGAGUGGAGGCGGGUGGCGCUCAGGCCGGAGUGGCGGUUUCGAUGUCGGACGGCGGCAUGACGUCCAGCUCCCAGCAGCUUCCUCUGCUCGACAUCCCCCGUCCUUUCGAAGCACUGUCGGAUGUCAGCAACGACUCCAGCCACAACGGGAGGGACUGUGACUCUCAGGAAACCGCCGCCUCCGAGAGGCUCAGCCAACAACCCUCGCUGCUCUCGGGCCCGGCGCCCAGCAUCGGCACAUCGUCUCCUGGACACACGGGCCCGGCCGUUCCUCGGGACAAGAGUCCUUCGUCUUUCAACAGCAAGUCCAGGAAGAAGUCCAAAAAGCAUAAAGACAAGGAGAAGAGCAAAGACAAGGGGAGGGUGAAGGAGAGGGCUCAGGAGAAGGAGAGGAAGAGUCGUGGGGAACGUGUGCCUGAGCCCAACCAAGUCUGUGAGCUGAGCCCAGGAAACCUCAAAAGCAACAGUAUUCCACACAAAAGCACAGAUCUGAAUGGGAUGUGCAACAGUACCAGUAUUCCUACGUCGUCACCUGAGGUGGCAGCCUAUUUAUUGAAGUACACGGUGAUCGUCUCUCCGGAGCAGCGUCAGAGGUAUAAAAACGAUUUCAACUCCGAGUACAGCGAGUACCGGGGUCUGCACGCUCGGAUAGACGGCAUCACCCGGCAGUUCACCGUGCUCGACAACGAGCUCAAACAGCUCCAUCAAGGCACAGACAAGUACAAGACAAUCCACAAUCAGAUACUUCAAGAGUAUCAUAAAAUAAAAAAGACUAAUCCAAACUAUAGCCAAGAGAAGAACCGCUGUGAAUAUCUACACAACAAACUGGCAUACAUAAAGAGACUUAUCGCCGAGUACGAUCAACAGCAACUUUAAAAAGUAGUUAUUAGACAUUGUUUCCCUGUUGUCUCUGGAAACCAAGCAGAUAAAGGAAAACUCUGGAUUCCGCCUGUGCUAAAUAAUGUUCACAUGAAAGAUGCCAUGAAAGGAGUAUUCCCCCUCAUUUGGGGCCAAAGGCUCUAAUGAAGACUUUAAGCAGGACACGUGAUAAUUUUCUUUUUUUUUUUCCGGUUUUGGUUCUUUUUGGAAGAUGGGGUUGUGCCUCGAGGGGCCAGGGUCCGUCUGUGUAGUAACGAUGCAACCAGGAAAAAAAGGCUUUAUUUAUCUCAACAGUCCACCCUGCUAUGUAGCGCACACACGUCUAAAAGAGUCGAAACAUGGAAACUUUCCCACUUUUCUUAGGAGAUAAUCCAAAUCUUUCCUGCUUUUUGAAACUAGAUGUUUGAGACGGAGAUGUAAACUGCGGAUUGUAUGCCAAAUGCAACUAAUUUAUAAUGAUCAGUCUCCCCCCCCCCCCAUAUACUGAAACAAACAUUUAUUUUCUUUUUAUUUAUUUUUGACACUUAAUUCUGGGGGGGGGGUAACGAGUCCGUUUUACACUCCUUAAUAUCAGUACUUAAAAGCUGUCUCUUCUCUGCCAGUAUUUUAUUCAGAAGCUGCCUUUCCCAUCUAAUUGUCAACCUGUUGGCGUUAAUUAUAUUUCUCUCUUUUAAAGAGAGCAGAUAUUUAGUAUUGAUUAAAUCAAGACGAUCUAAAUGCACACAGUCAGAUGCAGGUUUGUGUGUUCAACAACAACAACAACAACUAACCUGUGCAGAUGUCUUAACAGAGGGGGGGACACGUGUGAAAGUCUCCAGUCCGGUGUUCUUGAAGCCCGGUCCUCCUCACUCGGCGGUGCUGCUUCAUCGGUGACGGCAGUCGGUCCGAAUGUUCCUCCUAAUGUUUCAGUGAAGAACGACAUUUAGCUCUUAAUUGGUCGUCUUUCCCAGUUUUUAGGUCCUGGCGGCUUUUGUAGCAAUAGAUUAAUUCAAAGUUAUCAGAAGAGUUAAAAAAAUGCCAGCGCUACUCCUCUCCAUGCUUCGGAAAAUCCUCUAAUUGUAAGAUGAUGCAGACGGGGGAUGCAGAUCUGUCUUUUUUUUUUUCUCUUUUCAUCCUUAAAAAAAAAAAGAAAUUCUUAAAAAAAAAAAAAAGUUUUCUUUCACAGAUCUCCUAACUUACCAUCAUUGGCACCUUUUUUUAUUUUUUUUUUAUUUAAAAGUUACGUUAAAAUAGUGUUUGCGGCGUCUUUUUUAAA